UUCGUGCGCUUGACUGAGUUCAUUCCGCUUUGUUUUGCGGAGACGGGAGGACGUUGUGUCGUAGUCACUCGCCGCUCGCCGUUCGCCGUAUACAAUGUUUUCCUUGUUAAAUCUAUAUUUUGUGUGAAUACAACUUUCUUUUCCCAAGUUUCGUGUUAACUUUAAUAUAUCGCGUGCGCGUGUGUGGCCGGUAAACAACUUUCCGAGUCGAAACUGUCUGGCGUCGAUGUCAAUAUACUUGUCGGUGGCAUUUAAUGGGAAAGGUGUGCCGCGUCGUGGCGAGACCUGUCGGGUGGGUGCUGGCUAGUAGAGCUCGGCGUUGCGAGUCGGGAGUUUAGCAGCUGGAAUGUUCGGAAGCGAGCCGGACAAUGGCCACCUCUAGCCAACCCUCGUGACGCCAUGUAACACAAAGACUGCAACUGCCUUAACAAAGAUGCCACGGAGAGAUAUUUUUCAUAGACAUUUUUGAAGAGUAUUUUUGGAAGACUUUUGUAGAAUAGCGAUGGCGACUGAGGGGGAAGCGGUGAAAGUGGAGGGGGGGCAUGUGUCUGUCACCACCAUCAGCAUGUCUGGACCUGAGACGAGUAAUGGUCAAUUCUCUUAUAGCUCGAGCGGGGUACGGAUCAGCGUUUCCUCAGACCCUCAUGAUGAGGACUCUACAGACGCUGAGAUAUCCAAGAUCGACUUCUCGCAACAUCAGUACGAGGUAAACAUGAGAAACAAGAAAAAGCGGUCGUCCAGCGGUCACGAGCCCGGAGACACUGAGAGACCCAUGUCUUGGGAGGGAGAGCUGUCCGACUCUGAAAUGGUCAUAGACACCAGUGUUAACAUGAAUGAUGCCUGCUGUUCACCAGACCUGCAAUCAUCCCGGGACUCUAUAGACACCCUUCGCAAUGUCACCAUAAAGCAGGAACCUCUGAAAACGGAGCAGUUCCAAAGCCUGGACGACCAGAGAGUGCUAGACCUUAAGUACACACCUAUACAACCACACCAGAGGAGUCUUAGUAUGAACCGGAUAUCGGUAGUAACAGAAAGCGCCCCGUUGCGUCGCCCGUCCUCCCCUGCCGCUAAAAUGGAAGCCCCAAUGCCCCAGCCUCCAGGAGAGAUACAAAACCUCACCAUUAAGAAGGAAAGCAGAGAGCUAUCUGAGCUAAAAUGCGAGCCGUCAGUGGGCAUGGACAAGUUGCUGGGCGCGUUACACGGCUCCCCACUGCUGGGCAGACUGCCUCGUGUCCAGUCCAGCGCUAGCACGGACUCCGCCGUACAUUCCAUGUACACACACAGUGUCUACAGCAGCCCAUCGGCCAGUCCGCGCGCGUCGCGGCACUACACUCCGUCUCUCUCUCGCAACAACAGCGACGCGUCGCACUCUUCCUGUUACUCCUACAGCUCCGAGUUCUCACCCACACACUCUCCUGUACAGGGUCGACAUCCACAUGUCCUCUACCGGGAACAGAACCCCGUUUUCUCCGCGUCGCCGGCCGACGACGAGGACACAGGGGAAGACCGUCUACACCACCAUCAGGGCAUCAGCAGGCAACAGCUCAUUAACAGCCCCUGUCCCAUUUGCGGCGACAAAAUCAGCGGUUUCCACUACGGCAUAUUCUCCUGCGAGUCCUGCAAAGGCUUCUUCAAGCGGACCGUGCAAAACAGGAAGAACUACAUGUGCCUACGAGGCGGCAGUUGUCCUGUCACUGUCGCCACUAGGAAAAAGUGCCCCGCGUGCAGGUUCGACAAGUGCCUUGGCACUGGGAUGAAACUAGAAGCCAUACGAGAAGACCGAACGCGAGGCGGCCGCUCAACGUACCAAUGCUCAUACACAUUGUCCGGAGCAGUGUCAACAGGGUCCCUACUAUCAGCGCCCGUGCCGCCAACCUUACGCCACGCCUCCAGUCUGACUUGCGUGAACGGGCCUGGGUCAUACAACCGAGGGGAGUCCAGCAACAGCCGACUCACGCCAGACAUACCCCCGUUAUUGCAGGAAAUAAUGGAUGUGGAGCAUCUCUGGCAAUACAACGAGUCGGAGCUAAACCGCCUAGGCAAGUCGACAGGCAGCCCUUCUGCCAACCCGCUCCUUGCCGCUUCAGGGAUAACGGCGCAAAACUCCAGCCCUGACUUCUUGGCAGACCUGUGCAAUAUCGCUGACCAUAGGCUGUACAAGAUUGUUAAAUGGUGCAAAAGCUUGCCUCUAUUUAAGAAUAUCUCGAUCGACGACCAAAUCUGCCUGCUGAUCAACAGCUGGUGCGAGCUGCUAGUGCUGUCGUGCUGCUACCGCGGGGUGGGGACGCCGGGGGAGGUCAGAGUGGGGGGAGGGAGGGGCAUCACGCUGCACCAGGCCGCCAAAUUGGGGCUGACUCCAUGUAUAGAACGCAUGCUGAGCUUCACAGAUCAUCUGAGACGACUGAGGGUAGACAGAUACGAGUACGUCGCGCUCAAGGUCAUCGUAUUGCUCACUUCAGACGCCCCAGAGUUAAGAGAAGCAGAAAAAGUUCGCGCUUCUCAAGAAAAGGCGUUAGGCGCGCUCCAGGCUUACACGGCAGCGCAUUCGCCAGACACGCCGGCCAAGUUUGGAGAGCUGUUGCUGCGUAUACCGGAACUGCAGCGUACAUGCCAGUUCUUCAUGCAAGUCGGCAAAGAAAUGUUGAACCCGGCGAACAAAAGCAAAGAUGGCGACGGUCCCAGCUUCAACCUGCUUAUGGAGCUACUUCGAGGAGACCACUGACGGUAGACUCUAGUACUUGCUCAAUAUCGGACCCUUAGUAAGGUGUCUAUUUAAACGCAGCUUCGAACAUUUUUAAAUUCUCGUUCGAAAUUCAAAUCGCGGAGACAUUGCUCGCUGGCGAGCGUCAUUUGUUUUUUCGUUCUUUUUGUUCGAAGUUCAAUUACUCUGUUUGAAUUGAAUCAAUGUACUGCUCAAAGCGUAAGGUGCUCGACAGUGACCCAGUAAAUGUCACUUUCAAUAAAUGUGACAGAAGGGUGUCAUAUAUUGGGCGUUAGCGUGUCGAGUACUGGUGCUUUUACCGUAAUAUGUAGUACGAGUGUGCGGGCGAGAAUGAAUUUGAGUGUAGUUUUAUAUUUUACGGUACCUACUACUCAGGUAUUUUUAACCGUGCGUUUUAGACCAGUGACCAUACCACGAGAUUGGCACUGGCUCGAUAAUGAAAAUGACAUAUUUCUUAGCGUGUGCGGAACUUUAUACAGUGUGUGGCCUGUAAUCAGAGCAAAAAGUUAAACUGUAGCUUGCACUUGUACGCUUUUAUAAAUAACUUAUGUUUACAUUUUCAAAACAAUGUUUAGUUUAACACGCAAUGUACUGCGACUUUUGUUAUGUUAAUAGCAUGACAAGUAAAUGUCAACUAAACUUAUGACAAUAUUUAAUUUGUAUGAAAAGAGGGACAUAUAAAGUUCUCAUAAUUUUUCAAAGUAAUUGUACAUAAUUGACAUCAUUUUGCGGAGUAUAAUCUAGAUAUGUUUAUAUUAUUUGCUCGUAUUACAUGUGACAUUCCGUAUAUAUAUGAGAAAGGAUCGCUUGUCCUACCACGUCAGUUAGAAACGAAAUGCAUAGAUAGUAAAAUACCUAAAACGUUAGCGAAUAUAGAAGUCAUGACGCGAAAGACUAAAGAUUUCGUAGUAGCAAGAAAAUCGUAUGUAUAUUUACAUAUAGCCGGGUCUGCUCAGAGCGAGGCGCGUCACGAGGCAAAUGCCUCGCGCGGCAAACGUGCUAUGUAGACUUGCCUCGGGCGAGGCAGGUUUCUCGCUCUGUGUGAACUCGGCUACUUUAUUCGCGCUUUUGCAAUUACGUAAUUAUGGUAAAUACCUAUGAUAGGUGGUUUGUAAUUGUAAAAGUAUAGGGUCCAAAUGCUCAUUAAAAAACUAGCAAACUGUCUCAGAAGUAAUUUCUAGAAGGUUUAUAGAUAUACAGGUUUUUGUAACAUAAUGGUGCCUGACAUGGCAUUAAGUAUUUUUUAAGUUAUGUUUUUUUUUCAUGUGGCAAAAAAGUAAAUUGUCCCAUUUUAUAACUCGAGAUUGCCACUGACAAUCGUAUCACUCAGAAUGUGAAAUUAGUUUAGCCAUUCUGUAAAAUAUAUCGCGCUAUGUACAUAUAGGUAUGUAUAUGUGAAAAUAACUUAAUGAUAUUUUGGUAAACUUUAAAUGAUACUCGUAUGUUUUGAUACGUUUAUGAUAUUAGGCUAUCUGCUGCAAUAUGUCUGGUGAAAUUUAAUAUUUACAUAUAUCUAUUUGUCAUGUGCCAUAUGUUUAAUAUAUUUGCCAAAACUGUAACGAAUUCUGGCGUGUAAAACUCUUGUAUGAAGGCAUAGAUGAUAGUUUUAGUAAUAACUUCUUUUCGAGUGGUCGUCACUCACUUUAAAUUUUUACUUGAAAUAUUUUUUAAAUGAUGCCCUUACAAAAACUUAUUAUCAUAUCAAAAAUUACCUUACAUGGCCAGCGUAUACUUUAAUUUACAAUGGCAGCUAUUACUUAUUAGUCGGGUCCACACAGAGCGAGGCAUAUUGCGAGGCAAUGUGCUCGCACGGCAAACGUCCAAUGUCGCCGUGUGUCAGCUGAGGCUGGUUGCAAGUCCGAGCAAAACGCGCUCGUUGCCUCGGGCGCGGCACAUCUACAUCUACAUUUGUGUGGGCUCGAGUAUUUUUUAACCUUUAAUGAUGGGACUUUUCCUUUAUACGGAUCAUUUAACAUCUCAGUCCUUGAACCUUUUUUGAGUCAAUACCAUUUACCUACUAUCAUAAACAUUUCAUAAAGUCAUUCGUCGCAAAAAAACAGGUAUUAUUUUUGAAUGCAUUAACUUCAAAUACAAUUUCUUUCAGUAUUAUUUCACAAUGCAUUGUUUUUGAAAUUAUAUUUUGAUAAGACAUAUUUUUGCAUUUUUUUUGUUUUUUUUUAUACUACAUAAAAUUUCAUAAUGGAAGUUGGCCAAAUAAGGUAUUUUUUGUGUAGUUUAUUAAAGUUAUAGAGAUCUUUAUUAUUUUGAAUGAAAUGUAUUUUUUUCCCUUUGCUUCUGAACAUGACGUUCAAAUUUACAUUUUAGAUGACAUCUACAAAAUCUAUGUUUUCCGUGUAAUAAAAAAAAUCAUGCAUGCAUGUGUCGAUAAAAAAUAUACAUUUGUAGAAGACAUCCACAAAAUAUUUUAGUAAUACUCCUAUGACUUAGAUACUGUGUAUAAACUUAUUUUACGGUAUAAAAAUCGGAGUCAAUACUUCAAAGGGAGUCAUUCCACUAAACAGCAGAUUAUUUAACGUUUAAAUUGUAGUCAUUGAUGUAUAUUAUAUAAUGUUAUAUAUAAAAUGGUAGCUAUUUUUGCGUGUAUACUUAUAUGUAAGUAUAUAACUAAAAUAUUUGUUCAUUUAGUCUAAUAACAUUUAAAAAAGGACUAAUACGAAAAUUGCUUAUUAGCCGAGUCCACACAUAGCGAGGCAAUUUCCUAGCGCGGCAAACGUGCUAUGUGGACAUGCCUCGGCCGAGGCAGUGCAAGCGUUUUGCUCGGCCGAGCAACCUGCCUCGGCCGGGGUCGUCUACAUUAGACGUUUGCUACGCUAGGAAAUUGCCUCGCGACAUGCCUCGCUCUGUGUGGAUCUGGAUAAUUGAUUUAGACAAAUACUUUAAUAUACGUAUACACUAUAAUUAUACAUUUGUAUGGAUAUAAGUACUUUAGGCAAUAUGUCUAUCUAAACUUAAAAACAUCUUGCCCUCGCAUUUUUUAAAGUAAUACUAGACUAAGUCUAACAUAGCAUAUAUUUUUGCAAAAAUGUCGCGAUAACCUAACCAUAUCAUACAGCAAUAUGUGCAUUGUAUAUGUAUAUAACAGUAGAUAUUAACUUUUGUAGGUAUAUAUUUUGUACGACAAUAUUUUUAUAGUAUGCUAAUAUUGCCUAGCCAUAAACCCUUCCUAUAUUUUUUGUCUGUUCAGAAACUUUAAAUGCUUUAUAACCGAAAAGACCCUAUAUUUAAAUAUUACAUUAUCUAUAAAUAUCGCCCUAAUUUACCGCAUAAACUUACAUAACUCCGGUUUGAUUCAAUCUUUUUCAUGUUAUACGAUAUCUCAUAAAUACGCGUAUAUAUAUAUAUAAUAUAUGUAAUUUACUACUGUAAAUCAUACCUUUCUAAAGUUGAAAAAUGUACAGUAAAAGUCUUCUUAGCAAUCUUUUUCCCUCAUCUCAUAUCUAAAGUUUAUAUUGUAUCGUAAAACGUAAAUGCUUUAUAACUCUUGCCAUUUCAAUCUUGUCCUUUCAAAUAAGCACUUUAAAAUCAGCACUAAAUAUCUUAAGUCCAAGCGUAUUUUUUUUAAGUAUUCCAACUACACAAUCCUGUAAGGAAUAUGUAGGAACUAAAAUCAAGAGUAAUUUACUACUGAACCAGUGAGUAUCACGUUCGACCCUGACAUGACGAAAUCAUAAUAAAAAAUAGACUACGACAGAGGGACGGACAUGACCAAACUAAGGGUUAAAUUACGCUUAUUUAGUCAACAAUACAAAAUCGUAUGAGGGUCACUCGCACCAACGAAAAUGGAGGGUUAACCCGAGGUUAACCCACCAUUUUAUAUGGAAUUUGACAGUUCACUGGUUAAUGAGUUAAGCGGGUGGUGCAAGUGGCCCUUAUAGUACUCAUAAAUAUAAAAAUAUUCUGACGUAUUAUUAGUAUUAUUCUGUUUCGACAGUCAGUGGAGAGUAGUAUCAACUACUUUCAUGCUUAUGGUCGGUUAGCCUUAGAAUUCAUGGCCCUUUACAUGAAUUCUAAGGCUAACCGACCAUAAUCGUAUAUUUUUAAUUUUUUGACAAUCCCCAUCGAUUUCUCUGCUAAACCAUUUGAUUGUGCAUAAUGUGGACUAGAGUUGACUAAUUCUAUACAUAUUUAUAUAUACAAUCCAGCUAUUGUUUAAAGCGUGACUCACGUGACAAGAAGUUGUCACACCCUGUGUCUGAAAGUGUAAUUUAUAUUUUCCAUGCUUUAUGUAGAUAUACAGCCUUAUAUCAUACGUACUUAGUAUAGCGUAGAUAUGUCAUAUGUUAACCCAGGCAUAAGGCUCGCCGGCUUGUGCCUUCACAGUAGCUAUACAUAGUAACUCAUAUACUUAAUGUAAUCUGUGCGCUUUUCGUAGUUUUAUUAGGCUGCUGUUUUAGCGCAAGAUUUCACAUGUAACUCUUCAAUCUUCGUUUCUGUUCCACGUCGGUUUAUGUCAGAAACAUCUAUUCGUAAUCGUAUGGAAUUAUUGUAUAUGUAUAGCCGGGUCCACAGUGACCGAGCAGCCCCCCGAGGCAAUGCCUCGCGCGCAAAACGUUCGUACUCGUGCGCGCACGUUUGCCUCGCCCGAGGCAAUUCACUCUGUCAGUCAGUUCAAAAUAAUUAUGCACAAGCACAAGCGCAUCUAUUUAUUGCCUUAAAUCGUGAAUUAUAAAGUGUACCCUACCCUAGAAAUAAACCAUAGCCAAAAUCUUCUUUUCAACUUUAAAAUAGUAACCAAGGAGACAUAUCUAGGCUAAAAGUAACAUGAAAAAGUUUUUUUUUGUUAUUGGUACUGAAAUAGGACUUUUAUACGAUUAUUUUCUUUUUAUAGAGAUAAUAGUAGGUACAUAAUAGUGGUUUUAUUUACAUUUCUUAGGUUUCCGAGAUUAAAUUAUUAAAAGUGUCAUUACAUAUUAUUAUUUGUAGCGUUAUGUUUAUGAACACUCAAACAAUACUUGCCUAGUUUGAAUACAAACCGUUAGAGGGCAUUGUAUGCUUAGUGUCUUAUAGAUGACUCACGGUAGAUUGGGCUGGGCUUACAGUUUUGAUAGGUAUAUAUUUAAUGCUGCAUCCACACAUAUAGGGAUUCGGCGAACAAUUUUUUUUUCUCAAAUGUAACGAUACCAGCCAGGUACAUAUAAUAAGAUACAAUUCCAGAGUUUGCUCUUUUUGUCAUAGAUGGCGUGAUAAAAUGCAUAUUUCGAUAGUUCACCGACACGGCCUUUCUGACAUGUUGGGUUCCCUUGCAAACAUAUUCUCCCAAAAGAUCUUUGGUUUUGUUCUUUCAAACUACAUAAGAUCAUUCCUUCUUACGUGACUCAUUUAUAAAAGUAGGUUGUCUAACCUAACAUAUGUCUAUUUUAUAUAUUAUCCGUGCAAUUACAAAUAUAAUUAUGGACAUUCGUCCUAUUCAUAAAUUAUGUGUAAUAUAUAUUUCUGUGUGUAACACGAUUGGUGCAAUAUUUUUUUUUCGAAGAUGCAUGCUUUUAGUUAUUCCCAAGUGUUACCACCAAGUUGUUAUGGUAUGAACAAAAAGGAACUCUGUCGAAGUAACCGCUGGAAACAGCUAAUAAAAAAUAGCUGUUACCACUAAAUUGGUAACAACUUUGAGGUAACAUUUGGGAACAUUUUUUUGUCUCGUACCCGAAGGGUAAUUGAUUGGGACUAUAUUAUUAAUUAAGUUUUUCCGCUAAAGUUGUUUGUCUAUCUAUAUCACACAAAGGGUAAAAAGCGGCGCUGGCUAUUUUCAUCGAAUAGAUCCAUAAAUUCAAAGAUGAUUCAAAUAAAACUAAAUUCGAUUAGACUACUCCGGUUCUUAUACAAAACUGUAUAUAAUUUAUGAAAUUUCAGAAAAAAAUCUGAUAGCAUAUCAGAAUUCUCACCACGACAUUGACACUAAUGUGGUA